AUGGCGAAGUUACGGGUGUUACAAAACAAGACGUUUAAGUGUCGUCAUCAUCAGUACCUUUCAAAUACAGAAAGAGUAGUGAAGGGGGAACGCGGAGGAUGCUGUGAUCCUAAAUCAGCCAGAAGCUUGGCUUGGGUGGAGAUUUACGAAGGUACAUUCCGUGACUGGAUGCCUCAACCUUGCAAGUUCAUGGCAACUCAUAUUACACAGCCAAGUUACUAA